CUUCCUGGGACUUGGCCUGCCAGCCCGUGGUCAGUCUUAGCGAAAAGGGGCUUUUCCUGCAUUCUUAUUGGAUCCCAGGGCCGGGUUUGCUCACACCCAUUGGCUAGGUGUCACAGAGGGGCCGUGCCGGCGAAGUGUGCGGCGCUAUCCCCGGCUCCUUGGAUCUGGUACGGGGUGUGUUUGCUGGAGGAGCUGAGGGGCGAUACUGCAGUUUGGUUUCGCAGAGAAGAUGAGUCGCAGAUAUUCUGAAAAUAAUAACUUUCCCUAUGACAAUAACCAGAUGGUUUUAGACAUGAUCCUUUGUUCCCUUGUGGGUGUCCCGCAGCCCGUCAGUUGGGACAGUGUUGCAAGACUGGUUCCAGGAUACACGCCAAAAGAGUGUGCCAAACGGUUUGAAGAGCUGAAGAGCAGUGGGACGUCUCCUGUUGAUAAUCAGUAUAAUCCUUUAAUGGCAACUGGUGGGAUUCCUUUAGAAAGCUUGGCCACAUAUAUCAAGUCCUCCCUUCUAGAUCCUGUGGAUGACCAGGAAGAUGUGACAGUGGGCCAAGGCACUAUAUCUAUAACAGGGAGGCCUGGUGCCACCACAGCACGGAAGGGUUCUGAGAGUGAAAGAUGUUCGUCGUCACUGAAUGGAGACUGCACUGCAGGAAGCCAAGGGCCUAACAUGGUGAUCCACGUGUGCGAUGAAGCCAAAAACCUGAAGGAGGACUUUGUUUGCCCACGAGACCUCCUGGUUUCGGAGAUGAAGUACUUUGCUGAAUACUUGUCCACAGAUGCUCAGCGCUGGGAGGAAGUAGAUAUAUCUGUUCAUUGUGAUGUUCACAUCUUUGAUUGGCUGAUGAGAUACGUUAAACGCAGCGCUCCAGAAAAUGAGAAUCAAGAGGCCCCAAAGUUAGAACCUGGCAAUGUCAUCUCAAUCCUAAUCUCGUCUGAAUUUUUGAAGAUGGAUUCGUUGGUAGACAAAUGUAUUCAUUAUUGUCACAAAAACAUGAGCGCCAUUGUGGCCACCCCUUGUAACAUGAAUUGCAUCAAUGCAAACCUUCUAACACGGAUAGCGGAUCUCUUUACACAUAAUGAAGCAGAUGAUGUCAAGGACAAAAAAGAUAAAAUUAAAAGCAAGAUAUUCUGCAAGAAAAUCGAGAGGCUGUUUGAUGCAGAAUGUAAGAAUGCAGAUUCUCCCGCAAACGCGUCAACACUUUUCAGAUGCUGUCUGUGUAAAAGGCUGCUGACCAAGGAAGCUGAGAAAAAGAUUGCCUGUCUCCCUGGAAAAAUCAGCAUAGAUCAGCAUGGAAAUAUUGUCUACUUCCACAUGCGAGACAAAAUGUGGGAUGUUCAUGAAUAUCUAAUAAGUUUAUUCGAAGAAUUAAAGUCCUGGCGAGAUGUGUACUGGCGACUGUGGGGCGCAAUUAAUUGGCUGACGUGUGCUAGAUGUAAGCAAUCAUUCCUAUGCAAUGAAUUAUCCCACUGCCAAUAUCACCCAGAGAUUGCAGUUUAUCCUGGCGCUGCCAGCUCCCUUGAUUCCCCUGGCACUGGCAUAUUUUUGUGCUGCAACCAAAAAGUACUUCGCUUUGACCCUGCCCAGCUACCAAAGGGCUGUAAAGUGAGGGAUCACAUCGUUGGUUUGCUGGGAGGAGGUGACAGGGAAGAUAUGUGCCAAAGCCCUUCAAGUACCUUGCUGAGUGAUCUACUGCGGCGUAGAGACGUCAUUGUUGUGCCUUUUUCCAAAGACUUGAAUGGAGACUCAGGGAUUGUCUUAGGUGAGGAAGCACGUUUGAAAUGUGAUGUUCUGUUAGAGCCAAAUACUUAUGGGCAGAAGACUGGAGACAUGAACGCAUUUCUUUCACUGAAGAACUUCAGCCUACAGCUGAAACAACAGUCUUUGCUGUCGGAAGAGGAGGAUUAUACCACUGGUUCUGAAGUCACUGAAGAUGAAGUUGGAGAUGAGGAAGAAAUAUCUAGAAAACAAGCAGGAAGAAAAGAGAAGCCAAAGAGAUCUGCUAAACUGGCAAAAAAGCACAUCUCCUCCCCAAGUAUCCAUAAAAAGGAAAGGCAGCAGGAAAAGCCAUCUCGAGAUUCAUCUCCAUUUACAGUUAGCCUGCAGAGGAAUAAGUGGGAUGCUUCUCGCUCGCUGAGAUUUAACCAAGAUGCCCAAAGGGAGGAUGAUCAACGAAGAAUGACAGAAAUCACAGGUCACCUUAUCAAAAUAAGGCUUGGGGACUUGGAACGUGUCAAAGCCAAGGAAGGAAAAGAACAAGCUGGGGGUAUAUACGCCAGACUGGAAGCACAGAUCAAGGCCUCUGCUCUCUCCAAUACUCGACAACUGAACACAGAAAAGAUUCUCAGAUCCAGGCCUCGCUUUGGAGCAGGACGGCCUACGUAAAACCAGGAAUCAGAAACGCACUCACAAUUAAAUAUUAUUUUAUCAGUUUGUUUUUAAUUUAUUGGUCUGUUACUUGGGCAAAUUCUGCUGCCUGGGGAUCUGCUUUGAUAAUUUGCUUAAAAUGUAUUUAUUUAAGGUUUACAAUUUUUUUUUUUUAAUUAAACUUAUUUUAACAAAAUA